CGCCAUUAGUUGGGAGAAAAGCAGGCAUUCGCAUCAGGUUGAAAAGGGAAGUAGCUCACUGUUUAGACCCGCUUAUCUCACACCUGUUGGUAGAUAGUGGUAAAAGUAAACCUCGCGUAUGCUGUCGAGGUGUAUUUCUCCUGAUUUUAGCCGUUUUUCCAAAGUCGGAAGCUGAUGUGAGCUACGCAGGACUUCAGUUAGGACGGGAGGGUUAGCAUUAGCAUCGCUAGCUUGAUAACGCCUGUUUUGAUAAAGCCGAAAGGACUUUCUGUAACAGACUGCCAGCUAUGGCGGCGGGCGGGGCGGGCGGCAGGACCUACUCCUUCAAGGUGGUGUUGCUGGGGGAAGGCUGCGUGGGGAAGACGUCGCUGGUGCUGCGAUACUGCGAAAACAAAUUCAACGACAAACACAUCACAACUCUACAGGCGUCCUUUCUCACGAAGAAGCUCAACAUCACAGGAAAGAGAGUGAACCUGGCCAUAUGGGACACAGCAGGUCAGGAGCGUUUUCAUGCGUUAGGUCCCAUCUACUACAGAGACUCCAAUGGAGCCGUACUAGUGUACGACGUUACAGACGAAGACUCCUUUCAGAAGGUGAAGAACUGGGUGAAAGAGUUGCGGAAAAUGUUGGGGAACGAGAUUUGUUUAUGUAUAGUAGGUAAUAAAAUUGAUUUGGACAAAGACAGACAUGUUUCAGUGGAAGAGGCAGAGAGUUACGCAGAGUCGGUGGGAGCCAGACACUACCACACAUCAGCCAAGUUAAAUAAAGGCAUCGAGGAGCUCUUCCUGGAUCUCUGUAAAAGGAUGAUGGAAAUGGCUCAGUCUGAGGAGAAGUUGAAGGGCAACGGAGCCAGCCAAUCAGCAGCGGGUAGGCGGGGCGUACAGAUAGUCGACGACGAACCACAAGCCACGCCCGCCGGAGGAUGCUGCUCUUCUGGCUAACACACACACACACACUCUCUCUGUUCCUGGACAGAGAAGUAAAAGCAUGCAUGUUUGAUUUCUGUAAAAUGCUUUGUUUGUUUUACUUUCUAAGAGAAAUGGUAAAUAAAAAAACAACUGAACAGCAAUUAUUUAAUAAGUUAUAUUCACAUGGCGGUGAUGGAAAUCUGUACAUGAACGAAGGUUUUCUGUGUACUUGCUGUGUACUUUUACUGUGUUUUCCACCGGGCCUGUAGCUCCAUUAAUCUCCCUGCUUACUGAUAAAAACUACAGUGACAUUGUACAAAAGAAAAACAUCAAGACGGGACGUUUUUAUCUGCCUUUCGGGGAAACUCUGCGCACAUAGAAGAAAAGCUAAACGCUGUCCUGUUCAGUGUGGAAUAACAGAAAAACUAAAACAUGUGGUUGAAAAGGAAAAAAUAAUCAGAGCACUUUUUUUUCAAAGGUAAUUUUUUAAACUGCUAGUGUCAAAGUGUUUUUUGUAAAAAUAACAAUUAUAAUGAUUUACACAACGCA